AUGGCACAUGACCAAGAUGCCGACUCCCUCUUCGACGACGAGUGCGAUACCUUUCAGGAAGCCCGAGUCGUGCAAAACCCCCCAUCAAACUACGCCAUACCAGUAGCCUCACGAUCGGCGCCUGACAUUCCGGGAUUGUACUUCUUCCCGGACCUGCUAUCCCGAGAGCUACACGACCAGACGCUGCAACAGGUCGCAGCAUGCAACUACUUCGCACUCGAAGACGAGGAGGAGGCCGCGACCUCCGAAGCCGAUCAUAGUUCUCAAGGCACCGCUUACCGUAGGUCGUCGCGCAAUCAAGCAAUGCUCUUUGCGCGCUCAUUGCCUUCGUCCACAGAAAGAGCAGCUAGCCAACAGAAUCAGCAACCUGAUGUUUCCGCGACGAAGAAAGAUCCUCCUGGCUGCUUUGGUCUACCCCUGUGGUCUGUCAACCUGAUAGAACGUCUUCGCCAGCUGCUCACCUCCUUGCCUGAUCAGAAGCUGCCACGGAAGAUCAAGGAUCUCCUUUUCCCUGCAGGACAAUCUCUCUCUCGUCAGCUCAUUCUCAACCUUUACGGCGGCACAGAGGGUCUAGCAUCGCAUGUGGAUCUUGUCAACCGCUUUGCCGAUGGCAUCCUUCUAUGCUCUUUCGGCCCACAAGGUACAGGUAUUGUCAUGGACUUCACUCACGACUCUUUCGCUACCCAACAUCUCUUCCUGCCGUCUGGAUCCGUCUUACUGCUCAGUGGAGAGGCGCGCUACAACUGGAAGCAUGGUAUCGCUGCUCGCUCGUUUGACCUUGUACGCUCUUCCCAUUUUCCAGGCCGGGUUGACACUCUGAACAGGUCAAUUCGCCUUAGCAUUACGAUCCGCUCGAUGCUUCUUGGAGCCGACGUCGUUGGCGAGUGA